AUGAUCCUGUGCCGCUACGCAGCCUAUUGUCCAUCGUCAUUAAUAGCACAACAAGGAUUUUGUCAGACUAAUGCUCAAUGUCUAAAUAGACCACCCAUACAAUUUGAUGCACUGGGUUGCGGUGGAUCAAGUAUUGAAGGUUUUUGUCCAAACCAGACAUACUGUCCAAACGCAUCUAUUAGUAUACCAUGUACAAACCAGUACUGCCCUGCAGGUAUAGUGGAACCGUUGACGUGUCGGGGCUUUAAGUGCGCGAACGGAGCAUUAUUGAAGAAAGUAACAUUGAUUGUUACAGUUUUAUCAACUGUUAUAUCUGUUCUAUUUUUGUUAAGUUGCUGGUUAAAAAUUAAAAGGAUUAUAAUUGAGAUAUGCAAAAUGAAACGCAAAAUGAAGCAAUCUGAUCAUUAUGUGCUAGUCCUAGUUGAUCGUCAAACAAGUAACGAGUCAACAGUAGAUGAUGAAAUGAUUAGUAACUAUUUUCGACCUCUCACGGAUCUUGAACAAACUUCAUCAGAUAAUACUGAAAUCAAUGUGCAAUUUCAAAAUGCUAAGCUGGACAUUUCUUCAUGGGAUUCAGAAAAUCGGGGAUUAACAGGAGCGAUAAAAGCUGGUCAAUUAACAGCCAUUCUUGGCCAAUCUGACUGCGGGAAAACGCAAUUUUUAUCUGCAAUACAAGGUCGUACUCGUUUGAAGAGUGGACAAAUAUCAAUCAAUAACCGUGAUCCGUUUGACAGUCGACUAUCGAAUCUAGUUGGUUACGUUCCUCAGGAUGAUAUUUUACAUCAAGAUUUAACAGUCUUCGAAACGGUUUAUUAUUCGGCACGAGCAAGACGACAACGAAAACGUGUCAGUAUUGCAAUGGAAAUAGCUGCAUGCCCUAAAUUGUUAUUACUUGAUGAGCCAACCAGUGGUUUGGAUAGUUUUGUUUGUGAAGAACUAUUUUCUCUGUUAAGUCUCAUUAAACAUAGUCAAGAUGGUUCCGUUAACAUAAUCAUGGUUAUUCAUCAACCUGGUCAAGAAUUAUUUAAUCAAAUUGAUCAUGUUCUCUUCUUUACUCCAAAAUGUUAUUUAGAUUAUCAAGAUGUAGUUCCGUUAUUAAACACAUGUGAUGAAUAUAUCUAUGCUCUUCGCAAUUGUCCAGAUAUUAAUCAUCAUGUUAAGACGACUGACGAGUUUGUUCUCAAUCCACUACCUUUAUCGUUAAUUGUGGGAAUAUUAUUUGAUAUUGAGACUCAAUCGUGUAACAUUGAUGUUGUACCAUCUAUCUAUUUUAUGAUUAGUUUGGCCUUUGGUGCUGCAACGCGUGUGUCUAGUCAACGUUUAUUUGGCGUAGAAAUUGUAAAUCAAACAUUUGUUCGUGAAUCUCGUAACUACUAUCAUCCUGUACAAUACUGA